AUGGUUUUAACUCAAGUUAAUUCAAUUACAACUGAAUUAAAUAAAUUCUCAGGGAUAAUUAGUCUUGAUCAUGUAACUUUCUAUGUUUCCAAUGCCAAAUAUGCGGCCGCUUAUUUCACCCGUUUCUUUGGGUUCAAGUUAAUCGGUUAUAAGGGUUUGGAAACUGGAAGCCGAUCAACGUGUUCAUAUGUUGUGACCUCAGAUGACAUUGUUCUGGUUUUAAGUUCAACUUAUCAAUAUGGUUCGGGUGACCUUUGGUCAAUUGUUUCCUCCAGAGGUGAUAUGGUCAAAGAUGUCGCCUUUACAGUUGAUAAUUUGGACAACUACCUGACUCGAUUGACCGCAAGUGGAAUUAAGAUUGUCCAACAGCCAAGGACCGAAAGUGAUCAAAAUGGUUCCGUUAAAAUGGCCGUUAUUUCACCUUUCGGUGAUAUAACUCAUACAUUGAUCGAGAGAACUCGAUAUUCUGGACCUUUUCUUCCCUCUUAUCAUUUGCCCCUUGAGUCGGAUAAUUUCGAGGGACCAAUGGACAUUUCACCAGAACUUCGAAUAUCUCUUAAAGCUAUUGACCAUUUUGUUCCUGUUCUAAAUGUCGGACAAUUGGAUGAAGCUUUUGAUUUCUACAAUAAAUUGGGACUGGAAACUUUUUAUUCCGUUGACGAUUUUAAUGUCAAAACGGAAACAAGUCGAUUGAAAAUGGUUGUGGUCGCAAACAAAUCGAAAGAGGUGAUAAUCAAUUUAGUCGAACCAUCGGCCGAAGAUAAAGUGUCCCAGUUACAUGAAUUUCUUCAAUACAAUAAUGGAUCGGGAAUUCAACAUAUCGCCCUUCGAACAGAUAAUAUCGUCUCUACGGUAAGUGGCCUAAGAGAACGUGGAAUUCAAUUUCUUGAUAUUCCAUCAGGAUAUUAUGAAAAAUUACGAGAGCGUUUGGACUCAUCGAAGGUCACAAUCAAAGAACCAAUCGAAGUUUUAGAAAAACUUCAAAUUCUUUGCGAUUUCAAUGAAAACGGUUACAUCCUUCAGCUAUUCACGAAGCCGCUUUUUGACCGGCCGACAACUUACCUCGAAAUAAUUCAGCGUAAUAACCAUUCUGGUUUCGGCGCUGGAAAUGUUCAGGCUCUUUAUGAGGCCGUUGAAAGGUUACAAAAACAACGAGGUAAUUUGUAA